UGGCGGCGAGGGUGCUGUUCCUCCAGUCUCUUACCAGUGUCUUUGUCUCACACUCUUUUGUUAGCCAUGCCUAGCUUGCUGGUUCUAGCAGGGAUCAUGGAGAAAAAUGGGGGCUACGGCGGGGAUUUGGCCGGCUCCGGCUUCGGUAGCGAGGGUCUCCUGGUGCCACCCGAGGAGGAGGAGGACGAUUCCCGUGCCCUUAGAGUUGCGCUGGGCCAACUGUCGCUGCUGGGUCUUGGAGAGGGCGAGGACGGGGCUCCUGCGGGUGGAGGUGGUGGUGGUGGAGGAGUUCAAGACAGGAGUAACAAUAACCACCACAAUCACAUCCCAGCCGAUUCGGGAAUGUUACAAGGGAAGAACAAGUUGUGCGCCCUGUACGAGAGCUCGCCCACCGAAACCAAAGGACGGGGCUGCAACAUAACGGAGUGCGUCCCCGUGCCAAGCUCCGAACAUGUGGCCGAAAUAGUGGGGAGGCAAGGUUGCAAAAUCAAAGCUUUGCGCGCAAAGACGAACACCUACAUCAAGACCCCCGUCCGAGGCGAAGAACCAGUCUUCCUCAUCACCGGCCGCAAAGAGGACGUGGCCCUGGCCAGACGUGAAAUCAUCUCAGCUGCGGAGCACUUCUCCAUGCUGCGGGCCUCCAGGAACAAGUUGGGCGUCUCUUUCAGCGGCUCGCCUCCUGCGCCGCUACCUGGCCAGACCACCAUACAGGUGCGGGUGCCCUACCGCGUCGUGGGUUUGGUGGUCGGGCCGAAAGGCUCAACUAUAAAACGCAUCCAGCAGCAAACGUGCACUUACAUCGUGACUCCGAGCCGCGACCGUGACCCCGUCUUUGAGAUCACCGGCUCCCCCGGGAACGCCGAACGGGCGAGGGAAGAAAUCGAGGCGCACAUUGCCUUCCGCACGGGUGGCCUGCAUGACCACAACAAUGAGAACGACUGCUUGGGACCUGACAGCGGCAACGGGGGUCUGGAGAGCCGCCUGCAGCAGGUGUGGGGGCUACAGGGGGCCCCGCGCAAGCCGCUUGCCAGCAGCUAUCGCCAGAAUUUCUCAGACGCCAUGGUCGGAAGUAGCGGAGGAGGAGGUGGAGGAGGAGGAGGUGGGAUUUACAGUAAAGGUGACUUUACCAACCACAGCAGUGGGGACAAGCCAUGCUCCUACUUUGGAUCCGAGGGCACUCAAAGCUGGGGUGAUCCCGACUAUCCCAAACAGGUGGCUUACUACGCCCAGCAGCGCUCCAAAAGCUUUGGAGGCCUGCCUCUUCCUCUGACCAGACUGUCGCCGGGACUGCCCGAACCGUGCGGCACCGGAAACUCCAACGCCGUCGGGUCUCCACACGCCCAGGCGCGCCGCGCCCACAGCGAGCCCACCGCCGCCACCGCUGCAUUCACGGGACGUCUCCCGGUGCCGGAUUCUCCGCCCGCCGUGGCUCGGGACUGCAUGACCUGCUUUGAGAGCAAAGUGACCGCCGCUCUGGUCCCAUGCGGUCAUAACCUGUUCUGCAUGGAGUGCGCCAUCCGAAUUUGUGAGCUAAACCAUCCGGAGUGUCCUGUCUGCCACACCCUGGUCACACAGGCCAUCCGGAUAUUCUCUUAAAAAGAAAAACGUCUUUGUUUUGUUUUUGUUUUUUGUUUUUUUGUGGUUCGUUUUUACUCUGUAGAAUCAGUUCACUUUUAAUCUUUUUUUUAUUUGGUCAGUAUUCACUUUUUUUUAUUUUUCAGAAAACACAAAACCAAAACAAGCAGAUAUUUUAGAACACACUGCUUGGUUUACUAAAAAGAGGAAGAAGUAUUUUCAGAUUUUUCUUUUAUAUGUACACAUAUAUACAUAUAUAUUUUAUAAAGGUUUUUUUAAAAAUGGAAAGAACGUAGUUCUUAGCAUGUUCGUUUGUUUUGCUUUACUUUAUUUAAUUUUUUUACUGGUGCUGUUUUUUUCCACAUGCUGUGUGUGGACAGUAACAGAAGAAAUAAUGUGAACAUUUUACACUUUUCCUUUGCUGGGGAGGUUAUUAUUAUAUAUAUAAAAGAAAAAUAUCAUUACGAGUUUAUUUCCUAAGAUUGGAGUAUAGUUUUACAUCCCAGCAUCUGCAAAUGAGCGAGUAUUCUUUUUUUAAGGCAAACUAGAAUCUUAAAUCUUUGCACCUUAAAACUGAUGUAAAGUGAUUGUCGACAAAACAUUACAUUGCUAGAUGUCUAUGCGAAACAGAUGGUAUAGAAAUAGGGGCUGAUAUAUACGACCUGAUGGCUUUAAAUUCGGUUCACAUUCUAAACGACACAAUUACCGACGUAGUAUCUGCUUUGCAAAUCAAUAUUCGAACGGGUAAUUGACGUGUAAAACAGGGAGUUUCUCUUUUUUUGGGUUUUGUUUUGUUUCUGCACCAGUGAGCCUAUUAUGUGAUGUAUCUAAAACGGUCUUAUUAGGUACAAUACGAAAAAAAAAAAGGAAAAAACUACUAGAGCAAACUGAUUGGUCAGCUCAAAAAACCUUGGAACGCAUCCAGCGUUCUGUUUUCAAGAGGACUUUCCCGGGUUCUUUUAGUAAUGCUUUUAUUUAUGUUUCUGCACUCGGUCAGUGCGUUUAUGAUUUUUCCUUUUCCACAUUAUUUAGUAAAACGCUGAGCAUAAGGCAUAAGAUGAAGUACAAGAAAAGCAGAGGGGGCGAUUGAGGGGAGGGGGUCUGUAAUCUGAUCCUGAAUAGACCAAAUAGACAAAAGCAAGCAAGUCUAAGAGCUACGGUACAAUGUAAAUCACCCGUUCCCGAGGUGCUGCGUUUGAGUUGCAAAGCGUCCUCUGACUGUCCGUCUGCACUGAGGCAGGUGUUGCAUAUCGUACUUUAGAUUAAGUUUUUUUUUAUUUUCCGAGGGUCGGGCUUGUCGGGGGGGACUGUGCUCUAAUUCUACCAAGCGCUCAUUCGCUGUAAUGACUACAGAGCUCCUCCCAGCGAGUAUAUUGUUUUGUCGCAGUGGUGGUACAAUCCCCGGAGCGCCCCGACAUGGCCUGCCCUAGGAGGAGCUGAUAAUUAGCCAUACAUCAGAGUCCAGGUGCAAAGCAACUGCUGUAGGAAGGAGGGGCGGCGUACAGUGGCGUGAAUGAGGACGGAGAUGCCGCGCAGGGGGCUAAACUAGGUGCAGCUGGGGCCCCUCCUGUUGAUCGCUUGCUCGCUCCCGUUCUGGUAUUCCCACUGGGGAGAAAGGGGGCCUCUUUUGUCCUGCCGUGGGGUGAAAAAAAAAGUCCAAGAGCAGAUUUUAUUUCAAAGAGAAAAGCUGGCCGUUCUGGGCAGAGAGUGUGACUAGAUAGACCCAAAGCAUUUUCAUUCGGAGAUUUCUCGUUUAAUGCGCACAAGAGGCAGGCCGUCGAAGUUUCCAUGGAGUCUUCCUUCAUGAGCGGGACAUCCUGCCGUGACCCCCUCGAGACAGGCCUGCCAGCGCACGGUCACGAGCAGCCAAUCGGAGAACAACCUUGAACUCUACAAUGAAAUCAGACAAUUGUAAUUGACAAGAAAGCAGGGGGGGAAACGCCCAAUUUGGUGGCCGCUCAUGCUGAAUCAAAUUACACACCCACUGCCUGUCUCAUUGCAGGCUGGGGAUUUUGGAAUAGGGGAUUAGAGCGUUCGGAGGUUGGGAAACUGUCUUUUUUUUCUCCCCCCUUUGCUAGAAGGCCACUACAAAAGAAUGGAGCCACUGAAAAUGUACUCAGUUUGAAAUGGGUCAGUUUUUCCCCCAUCGAGCCUCUCUGCACCAUUGCCACAUGUGCGCGGUGUUAGAAGAUAUGCUAGGGUAAGCUUGUGAUUGUAUUUAACUUACUAUAACGAUUUACCUUUGAGCCAUUAGCAUCUUAAAUAUUAGUUUUGAAAAACUUUUGGACUGUUACAGCAGAUAGUCGUUUGCCUCAUCUGAGUUUAUGCGUUAUGUCCGCGUUAGCGCCUUUGUGUUCCUUUCUAGAAGCGUAAUAAGGUACUUUGUUUAACUGAAAUAUUUUUCAAGUCCCUUUAAGUAACUCUCAGAUUUGAGAUACGAAACUGAAAAGGCUUAACAAAUUAAAGCUCUUAAAAGCACCUUAUUUUGAAGCAAGCAGCAUUUGCAAUCGUGAAGCAUGUGCAUUUCUCGAUAGCGAACUCGAACGGCAAAUAUUCUUGUUAUUGCACUUAGGUUAUAUUUUGGGUUUGCACGGAUAGCAUAUUUUAAACAAGCCACUUAUGGGUCGCGGUCGGGAGUCUUUAGAAAUAGCAUCUUUAAUAUGAAGGGACAACAAUACGACGGUAGUUUCUUACCUUUCUUCAAAUCCCCAGCACUGAUCAGGGACAGACGUUCGUCCAUCGAAGGAAUGUAUGUUUGUGCAUUUCGGUCGUUUAUAUAUAUGAACCAAAACCAUUUUACAAAUAGAAUCAAUUAUGCAAACCUUAACAGCUCGAAUUUUAGAAUCUGAUUCAGUAGCUAUCUGUCUAUAUGCCGCAUUUGUUCUCCUGCCUCUUUUAAGGUCACUAGGUCAGGAAACAGCAAUAACUGUCUUAACAAAACAAGUCAAUCCUUAUCCAAAAAUGCACUGUUACAAAAAAGGUUGAUAACCCUAAGAAUUGUCUAAAGCCAUGCACAUUGUAUUUACCCGAUUACAGCCCCUUCAAGCAGACUUUCCCAAUUAGAAAAUGCAGCACUUCAAAAGUUUUUUUUUUUUUUGUUUUUUAACCAAACGUCGCAAC